CCGAGUGUUAAAAGCAAGGUGGGAAAAUUCGUUCCAUUGCUCUCAACUGCAGACUUGUAAUAAAAUCAUGCGUUUUGGAAUAAAUUAGAACUUAUAUGGACUAUAUCUGGGGACAAAUAAAAUCGUCUGCCAAAACUUGACUCGUCAUGAAGAUCGCAGUGGAAGGCUGUUGCCACGGGGAGCUGGACAAGAUCUAUGAGACGAUUGAGUAUCUGGAGAAGAAGGAAGCAGUCAAAGUGGAUCUGCUGCUCUGCUGUGGAGACUUCCAGGCGGUGCGAAAUGAGGGAGACAUGAAGUGCAUGGCAGUACCUGCCAAGUACAGGAUGAUGCAAACAUUUUACAAAUAUUACUCGGGAGAGAAGAAGGCUCCAGUACUCACCAUCUUUAUUGGAGGAAACCACGAGGCUUCCAACCACCUGCAGGAGCUGCCUUAUGGAGGCUGGGUUGCUCCCAACAUUUAUUAUCUGGGUUACGCUGGCGUUGUUCGCUAUAAAGGGAUCAGGAUCGGUGGCCUAUCUGGAAUCUUUAAAUCCCACGACUACAGGAAGGGUCACCAUGAAUUUCCUCCAUAUAAUCCUGAAACUCUUCGAAGUGUAUACCACAUCAGGAAUAUUGAAGUUUUCAAAUUGAAACAGAUUCAGAUGCCCAUAGACAUUUUCCUGAGCCAUGACUGGCCUCGAGGAAUCUACCACUAUGGAAACACAGAGGAGUUGUUGCGAAAGAAGAAGUUUCUGCGGGAGGAAGUGGAAACAAACACACUGGGAAGUCCGGCUGCUAAGGAGUUGCUGGCUCAUCUCCAGCCCAGCUACUGGUUCUCUGCCCAUCUCCAUGUAAAAUUUGCUGCUGUCAUGCAGCAUCCACCUAAAGGUAACGCAGCCCCACGUGUGACAAAAUUCCUGUCUCUGGAUAAAUGUCUUCCCUACAGAGAGUUCUUGCAGAUUGUCGAUAUUCCAGACAGACCAAGUUCAUCUGAGGGUCUGGAAUAUGAUCCAGAGUGGUUUGCUGUCCUAAAAGCCACCAACAGUUUGCAAAGCACCACUCCUCAUCGCUGGAACCCCCCAGAGAAUAAUGGCUUGCAUGAACGGUGGGACUUCGGAGCUUCAGAGACAGACAUGAUGCAGGUGGUGGAGGAUCUCAGCGGGGAACUCGGCAUUCCAGACAACUUCAGCCAGACAUUGCCACCAUAUGACCCCAGCAACCCCCGGCCGAAUGCCUCCCCGAGCUAUAACACCAACCCACAAACAACAGAGCUAUGCGCCAAGUUGGGCCUCACAGACAUCUACUCUAAGGUCGGACAGAGAGGCGAUGACAUGGGCAGGUCUCAGAGCAGAGGGGAGGGGGAGGAUGAUGAGGAGAAUGAAAGUGCGGAUGAACCCAGCGAGUAUCCAACUGAUACUUCGGGGUUGUCAAGUUCUUAUAACCCUGAUGAGAUCACCAUAGAGGAUGAGUGGGAAGAAGAUGAGGGAGGAGAGGAGGGGGGUGAGUCAAAGGCAAACUUGACGUCUGAUAUCCACACCCCCAGUCGAAUGGUUCUGCCAGAGCCCAAAUCUGUUGUGUCCCCUUCCCACCCUUCCCUCCUGAUGAACCUGCCUCCUCCCUCCCACUCUACCCCUAAAGCUGCUCCCGGUCAGUCAGAGGCCGGACAGGAAGGAGAGUGUGACGGCACCGAUGAGGUCACUGCUGCCCGCACCCUGAAACGGAGCAGCAACGAGAGCAGCAAAACAGGCAACAGAGGCACGACUCCAAGAAUCAAACGCAGGAACCAGGUUAUUUACCAGAGCAUGGACGAUGAUGAGUGUGAGGGUUAGAGCAUAGGAAACAGAUUUCUUUAUUAAAAUAUCAUUUUAUGUGUUUUAAACAACGGGAGAACAUUUUAGAAAACAGGAUUUUUGAGUUAAUUUUUUCAGGGGGUUUUUGUAUUGGGAAUUUCUAAUUUAACCACAAUGAUUUUUUUUAAAGGAAUAACCUGACAUUUUUGUACAACCACUAAAACUAAAGAAAUGCAUCAAAUCCAGCUGCCCAUUAGAUCAGGAUUCUCUAUGCAAAGCACCAGUAAGGCUGAACUCUCAGCGGCAUUGAAUAAAAAAAAAAAACUUUAAGCAAUAAAUGAAUGAAUUAGUUAGAAUGAGGGCCUCGCUAAUAAGUUUCUCUUGUCACCCUGACAAAAAUAUUGAUAGAGUACAUUUUUUGCAAGCUAUUGGCAGCAAAAUUCUGUAUUUCCUUUCUGCAGAUGCUCCAACUUACUAAUUAGUUUUGGAUAAUUGUGCCAACUGCAGUAAUCACACACAUCCAACAUGACUCAUUCUUUGCAGUACAAGCCUCACUUUCAUGCUAAAAUAAAAACAACUAAAGUGUGAAAAAACAUCUAAGCACUAAAUAACGCAUUAAUUGUAAUCCUGUUUUUUUAUUGGGUUUGAAAUAAAAAAAGGACAGCAAAACAACUAUUUAACUUUUA